CGGUAUAGCCGUAUUAUAGGUAAUAUAGGUGGUACCUACCUAAUGAAAAAUUCCAAAAAUCAGAAUUUGAUUAAAUGGUUAAAUAUAGAGAAUGCAUUAUGAGGUUGACCGUGUUUGGGCAAUCACUCCGUAUAUAAAUAUUAUACUUUACAGGGCUACCUGCCUAUACUUACACAUCGCAUGUAUACAGUAUACACACAUAUACAUAAUUCAGAGUGCGCUUGAAACACACGAAAAGCGGUGUGUGUGUAUAGUUGCUAGUGCACGCGUUCGCACCGUUCGACGUAGUCGCUUAUUAUUAGUGUUGUUUCGAUUGUUACUUUUUUCCCCCCCGUUGGACAUGACGAGUAACAACAGCAAGCCGUUGAACAGCGUUGGCGGAGGAAGUAAACAUGUUCGAUCGCAUAGUCUGAAAAGCUUUCCGGCGGUUAUCGAUAAUAGGAAACCGCCGGAUAACGGUGGCGUGGUGGCUGUUGGGAGCGAUCCACAAACAACCAUGAAAAUUACAUCAACGUGGAAACAGGCAUGUGAUCGAACUAGAGAUCGAACUAAACAACUGUUACGAAGAACAAUGUCGUGGAAAAGUAAUACGAUCAUAAUGCAGCCCGAAGAACGCAAGUCAGAAGAGUCAUCCAGUACGUGGGAAAUACACGUAUGGGCAUCUUGGAUGAAACGUUAUGCUAGUGAAGAUGAAUCAAAAACAUUGGAUAUUCCAUUUAAACUAUCGCCUUUACAAGAGGAAAAGUUAUUGAUUUUUUUUAAAUAUUAUUUAGACGGAGAUUGCGAUGGGUUCGUAUUUGAACACGAUUUUCAUCAGUUUGCUGAGAAAUUAAGACGUUUUGCUGAUUGGUCACCGAAUAGUGAUGAAUACAUAAUAUUAAAACAAGUUUUAACAGAAUUAAUUCAAGUAUUCAUUCAAUGUGAAAGCGGCCAAAAUGUUUCGUUUACAAGUCUAUCAACAGACGACUGGCUUAAAAUAUGGUGUCAAACAUUAAGCAAGUGUACUGUAGCUUCAGACAUGCCAUUGUGGCUGAAAUAUUUUCAGAACAUAUUGUAUAAGUCUUUGGAUUCAGGUAAAGGCGAAAUAGAAAAAGCAAAUUUACAAAGGUUCUACUGUACAUUUCUCGAUUCAAACUGUGAGGAAUCUAAACAAGGUGUGAUCGACGCGAUAUACGAUUCUUUAACGUCAAAUGGAGACUUUAAGCUGGAUCGCGAUACUUGGGGCCAAUGUUUUGCGAACUGGUUACUGGGCACCAAACCUAAUGGAUGUGGUCAAUGGUUAUUUGGAAAAUGUGGUCCAACGCCUGAAUUCUUCCCUAUCGAUUAUUCUGCUAUGAAUUCGACGGUCGAUACAAGGGAUACUUAUUCGCAUAAAAGGCGGAGCGAUAGACAUUCCAUUGUGGUCUAAAGAAAACAGUAAUAAUCAAUAGGUACACAUUUUUGUUGCCAUGUGGACUAUGUGCUAAACAGUCCAUUAGUGUAUAUUUUGUAUAAAGGAAAUAUAAUCGUCUUACCGUUUUCACAUUUCUAAAUGAUUACGUUAUUUGACUUCCUAUAGUAAAUAGACAAAAGUGAAAAACCUUUUGACUAAAAUCCUUAAGCUACGCCUAUAAUGAUGAGAGGCAAAAAGCCAAUUGGCCAAUCUUAAGAUUUCCAAAUCCCUCAACCAGUGAAACACCGAAACAUUAUAAUAUUUAAUACUAUUAUACUAUUCAAUACUCAUAAGAAUAUCUCACCAAAUACGUACCUAUUCAAAGUUAUUUAAGAGUUAAUUUUAGGUGUAGAUAGCAUUAAGUUAUAAUUAUGAUUACAAUUUAAAAUUAAAUGGUCACAGCAGUGGCGUAGCCAUGGGGGAGGCUUAGGGUAGCCUAUAGCCUCCCCUCCCAUAGUUCGUGAUUUUGUGCAUUAUACUACUAUUUAGUAGUUUUGUUUUUGGUCAAUUAGAAUAUUACAUCUUAUAGAUCGUCGUUUCUCUUUAUAUCUUAUAUAUUUUUAAAAGACAAACUCAAAGAUAGUACCUACACUUUAUUUCUGAAAAUCCGUAAAUAUAUUUUAAAUGUUCUACUUUUAUUCCUUUUCUCAACUAUUUAAUGAAUCAAUAUCAAUGAAUAAUCGACUGCAGAAUCUAAAUUCAUGACCAUGUGAGCCAUGAGGUAGGUAUACUUGCAUAUUUUAUACAUUUAAAAUUAUUUAAAUGCAAAAACAUAGUAUUUAUUUAAAAGUUAACAACAAUUACAUAGGUACCUAGUUUUUAUUUAAACAAUUUAAUACUCUUGAAUAUAUAUUUUUUAUACCAAUAUAUUUAUAUAUAUAAAAACGAGUUUAUCUAUGUAGGUAUAGCCGUAUAGGCGCAAAAACGCACGCACUAAUUUAAAUAAAAGCAUGUCAUAUCAAUAGAUUAAUAUUUUAUUGUGUGUGUGUAUCAAAGGUGUCAAAGUGUCAUAGCCCAUAGACCACUUUUUAUCCCGGAAUUCAACCCAUAAACUGCCUAA